AUGGGUGAAUUCAAUUGCACCAGCCUGCUUUUUCUGUACCCUACCAUUUUUCUUAUCCUCCUCUUCUCUGCAAUAAAUCACCAUUAUUAUUCCAGUUUGAUCUUUGAUUUUCCAUCUAUUUUACAGUCCGAUCAGCCGCCCAAGUCCGGUGGACCCGGCAACAUUACUAUCGGUCUCUUUCCCGACGAGAAGAAAGAAAUUAAGAACACCAGUAACACUACUGUUACUCAAAUAAAAAGGAAAAGUGGUGAUAAAUUUGAGAAAGUGGAAGCGGGUUUGGCGAGAGCUAGAGCUGCCAUAAGAAAAGCGAGUCGAACAAGAACGUAUACAUCGUACAAGGAAGAGAGUUUUGUCCCAAGAGGACUCGCUUACCUUAAUCCUUAUGCCUUCCAUCAGAGCCACAUUGAAAUGGAAAAGAGAUUCCGAGUGUGGGCAUACAAGGAAGGAGAAGCGCCACUCUUUCACAUGGGGCCGAUGAACGACAUAUACGCCACAGAAGGGAUUGUGAUCAGUGAAUUCGAGAGCCAAACAAGCCCAUUUUCAGCUCAGAAUCCCGACGACGACGAUGAUGAUCAUCAUGCUCUUGCAUUUUUCAUUCCCGUCAGUGUCGUUUCCAUAGUAGAAUACGUCUACAAACCCUACAACAACUACUCACGAAUAAGGCUUCAAAGCCUUGUCGAGGAUUACAUCGACAUCGUCUCCAGCAGAUACCCUUACUGGAACCGAAGCAACGGAGCUGACCACUUCAUGGUAGCUUGUCACGAUUGGGCACCAGAUGUCUCGAGAGGCCACCGAAAGCCUCAUCUUUUCAAGAACUUCAUUAGAGUACUCUGCAAUGCCAAUUCUUCCGAGGGUUUCGAGCCAAUCCGAGAUGUCUCGCUACCUGAAAUCAACCUCGGUAAAGGCAUAACGGGUUUACCGGACCCUGGCUUUAUUCAACCGCCGAAUAACCGUACCACGCUAGCCUUCUUCGCCGGCGGUCCACAUGGGUUUGUGAGAAAAGAACUGUUCAAGCACUGGAAAGAAAAAGACGAUGAGGAGGAGAUUCAAGUCCACGAGUACCUUCCGAAAACUUUAAACUACAAAGAGCUAAUGGGAAAGAGCAAGUUCUGCUUGUGCCCUAGUGGGUACGAAGUUGCUAGCCCUAGAGUGGUGGAGUCCAUAUACGCAGGGUGUGUUCCGGUCAUAAUUUCUCCAGACUAUGUUCUACCCUUCAGCGAUGUUCUGGAUUGGACUAAGUUUUCGGUACAUGUUCCAUUUGAAAAGAUUUCGGAGAUAAAGACGAUUUUGAAAGGGAUUUCUAGUGAUGAGUAUUUGGCAAUGCAACGAAGAGUUAUCCAAGUUCAACGACAUUUUGUUCAUAAUCGCCCAGCUAAGCCCUUUGAUUUUAUGCAUAUGAUUAUGCACUCUGUUUGGCUCAGGAGACUCAACGUUAGGUUAUUCUAG